UGUGAGGGGCGUAUACCAAACGCAUUCGUUUUACUACGGCUGACAGCUGCAGCACAGAAACAAAGCACUUAUAUUUUAAAGAAGAUUGGGAUUAACUUUUUUUUUUUUUUCAUCCUGUACGAUUUAGAAUUUAACCUCCCAAACAGUAUUUUGUUUAUCUUUUAAUAUUCUGAAAAAAAUGUGCCACGAAGACAGCCGUUUAGCCUGCGCAGACUAGACUGGCAAACCGGGCAGUGAUGGCUGACCGCUGUAUUUUUGUUAAGAAGACAAAUACAUCAUGCAGCAGAUGAAACCAUCAUUGAAUUUUUGGUUUACCCUUCAACUACUUCUUCAAUUUCAGCAUGAGGUAACAGGAAUUAAAGUGGAGGACGGAGACGUAAACGUUACAAUGGGAGAAGAUGCCGUUCUUCAAUGUAGACUGACUGGCACAUCAGAAACUGUUACACAGAUAACUUGGCAGAGAAAAACCAAUGCUCAUGAAGAUAACUUUCUCACCUAUGCAAUUGAGAAUGGAGUUACACCUUUAAAUGAAUUUGGAAGAAGAGUAAAGUUUAUUGGUGAUGGAGUCAUGAAGGCAGAUAUCAUGUUACCAAAAACAAUUCUUUCAGAUGAGGGUGGCUACAUAUGUAUUUUCACAGUUUUUCCCAGUGGAUCAUAUUCCACAGAUAUACAACUCACCGUAAGAGUCACUCCUGUUAUCAAAGUCUUCACUGAAGAUCCACCAGAAGCUGGCAGUGGAGAAAGCACAGUUGCUACCUGCAUUGCUGCAAAUGGAAAGCCAGCUGCUACCAUCACAUGGAAAACUUUUCUUACUGAACAACGCAUUGAGAAUAACUCAUCUCUUCAUGAAAAUGGUACCACGACAACUCGGAGCCAAUUACAAGCAAUACCAGUCAAGUCAAUGCAUGAGCAGGAAGUGUUUUGCAUUGUGGAACACCCAACUCUGAAACAUCCAGAAGUUAUCUCACAUAAGCUAAAUAUAUACUAUCCUCCAUCCGUUGUUGUAAGAGCUGUUGAGAAACCACCAGACAGUCUACUCCUCCAGUGUGACGCAGAUGCCAACCCACCGGCUACUUACUCCUGGAUCAAAGAAAGCCAGAGUCUUGCAACAAGUAAUAGAAUGAAGAUUGAAAGAAACAGGCUACAUCUAUUGGCAAUGACCCCUGCUAUCAAUGGGCUCUACUUUUGUGAAAGCAGGAAUCAAUAUGGUACGGCAUCAGGGACAAUAUUUCUUCAUAUCAGCAGUUCGAGGAAACAAUAUGGAGUGCUUACUGGUGGGAUUAUUUUAAUAUUGGUUGCAGUUGCAUUUAUUCUAUUCUUUCUGUGGAGACAAAGAAGAGAGCAAACAGGGAGUGUUGCGUUCAGAAGAAACAGCCAGUCAAGACAAAAGGAUACUGUUGGUGCUGCAAGUCCUGCUAUGAUACAGGAAGGAGACCAAGUAAGAGAAGAUCCUGAAGAUCUUGGACAGAACAAAACCCCCAAAAAAGCUGCAGCCAGGGGCAGUCUGAAAACAGGUGGAAAACUGUCUCCACUGCGGGGCAGAAGGAGCACUGAUCACUGACCCCUGGCUCAACACUGAUCACUGACCCCCGGCUCCACACAGCUCAACACUGAUCACUGACCC